CGUGCUGACCGCAUGUGAAUGAAGUCGUGGCCACUCGUCGACGGCGCGCUGCAGCAUGCCGGUCCAAACGCAACAGCCCUUGGCAAAAUGCCAGACCUUUGCAGAGGUGCCAUUGCGAUGACCUUCCGAGAGAUUACCUUGACCAAUACAUGCCACUUGUCCUUUCAUUGUCAAAAUGCGACAUGUUUUGCCGAGCUCAACUCCAGGUGUGCUCCUUUCAUCGUGAGCUCAAUGUACUCCAAACACAGCAGACUGUGAAGCGAGUGAGCUUCUGCUCGCGAGUGCGCAUGCGAAGGCGAUUUUGUUGGCCUGCCUCACGGGUCAGCGAUCCCUACAGCAGCCUUGGUGAAUUCCAAGGGAGUGCACGGAAUUCAGGCAUACCAGCGAGCGCUAGCCGCGAGUCGCAGGCGGCAGGCAGACAGGUUCGAGUCGCGCCUCGAGCGACUCGCGCACCUCCGAAGUUGAGUGGUGGCUCCGCGGUCAAAGUUCGACCGCGGAGCGAAGCGAAGAUCUUCUACCGCCGAAACUCCAUGACGGACCGCUAUGCGUUCGCUGGCUGCGCCAAGUCGCGACAGGAACAUCAAGUAGAAGACUGCGCGAUGCAUCAGCUUCACGCGGUUGCCUAGCAGAGCUUGGCGUCCUGCGAGAGUUUGAGCCAGCGACGCACUGCGCUCACUGCGAUGCCACUCUGUUUGAGCAGACAAUUUGCACCGGUAAGUAUUGCGCAACGCUGGUCUGAGUGCAGAGAAGAUUCGGGGAGAAAUGCGCAGCCAGCGACGCCAGCACAGUCAGCAAAAC